GUGCGCCUCAUUAAAGGUGAGGAAGCGGAACAAUGGCGUCUGAAGAGAAACUCGAUCCGGCAUCAUGUCAUCGAUCCGCGGAGAAACAGCUGCUCAGAGCCCGCUGCAGUCCUCCAGCCUGUGUGUGGGGCCCUGGUCCUGUGUGUGUGUGACAGGCUGGGGGGCUUCAGUGUGGAGCGCCCCCCCUUCCCCCGACCCCCUGCUGAUCCCCCCCGAGCCCUGGCUGCUGCCGGGGUGCAGCUCCGUGUUCGACAGCCUGGUCAGUAACGUGUCGCCGCUGCCGUCCCCUCCUCCCUCCAGAGGGCGAGAGAGAGCCAGCAACAAACCUCGCAGGCCGUCCAUCUUGGAGCGCUGCAUCCUCAAGGUGGUCGAGCAGCAGCGUCGCCGUGGAACGGACGACCUCGACCUCAAGAGACCCCCCCUGGAGCGCGGCGCCCCCCGCCUGCCGGACCACAGCGAGACCAACGGGGCCGUCCUGAAGCGCCGCCAGAAACAGAUCCAGUACGGGAAGAACACCAGCGGAUACCAGAACUAUCUGCAGCAGGUCCCCCGACCCCUGAGGGACGCUAAGCUCCACCCCUCAACCCCCAACAAGUACAGGAAGUACAGCCGGCGCUCCUGGGACAUGCAGGUGCGUCUGUGGAGGAGAGCGCUGCACCUGUGGGACCCCCCCACCGAUCACCUGGACCCCCCCGACUCCCAGGACCCCGUCGAGCAACUGCAGAACCAGCUGGCCAAGAUGAACUCUGACCUCUGUGAGGACGGAGACAGGCAGAGAGAGAGAGAGCCUCCUGCCUCGAAAGCCGAGCCGCCCGGACCCUGGAGCCGCCCGCUGACCCCGACGAGGCGCUGCCCCCCCGGUCUUGGGUCCUUCAGGACUCUGAACUCCAGCGACAACAUGGCCGACUGGUUGCAGCUGCUGCUGGAGGCCGAGGGCCGGCAAGAUUUCCCUGUUUUCCCGUUGGAGUUCGGCUCCAACGACCAGCAGGUUCCCGACUUCUCCGACCAGCUGUGGACUCCGUACUGACGUCUGAGGAAACGCUCGAUCGACGAAGAUCAGGAGAGUUUGUGUGUUUGUCUUUUUUAAGAUGGUUGAAGGUUUCCUAACGACAGCAGGGAUGUGAUUGGUCCCGAAGAGCACGUAGGCCCCGCCUCCUCUCUGGUCCUGAAGAGCACGUAGGCCCCGCCUCCUCUCUCAGCGUUGACCUAUCGCGCUCCUUUAGUUUGUGUCACUUUGUUUACUUGCCUCGAUGGAGCACUUCUCACCUGCACACCUUUAGUAUUAAGACUCUCACUGAUGAAGCGGUUUGUUUUAGUCUCACCUGUCCGUCUCACCUGUCCAACUCACCUGUCUCUGGUCCACGGUCACGCUCUGCUGUCUGCCCCCUGCUGUGUUUUUUCUAAAAAACAAAACCCUGUCUAAUUGGGUGGGGGCUGUCACUUUGUGUUUUACUUUUUUUUUUGUCGUUUUGUGCUGAAAUGUGAUUAAUAAUAAAGAUGGAAAUAAAGUGUUAGAAAUUCA